AAUAUCAGUUGUCAAGAGGCACUUGGUCGAGAUAGACGAUCUCUCUUCCAGUCUCUAAACAAUCCGUAAAAGUCAUGAAGACCACUUGGGUGUUCGUCGUGUUGUACGUGUUCAUUUCUCCUGUUUGGGUGCAGCAACUUGACGUACUCCAUUCGAAUGUUCAGGAUGGAGAAGGCAGUUUUCUAAGCCAACAUCAUGGUCUUCCUAUCACUGAUCAAUGUGUAGGAAACUGUUCUAGUCAACUAAACGGCCCGAACUUUGUUAACAAUUUAGGGAAUCCACAUGUACAGCAAGUAAUGGAAGGCAGUUCAGGUGGUGUUUUCGGCUUCGUCUUUUCAACUUUGUCAAGUAUGUUGAAUUACGUUUACCGGAUAUUUGUGCAGCCCUGGAUUGGAAUGCUUGGAUACAGUCGGUCAGCUUCGAUCGAUAAAAAUUUCUAUACGGUCGAAGGCCGAUCGGCUGUUGAUCCUCCAAUCGCUGUAGCUUCACCUGUCAAUUGGCACGAGAUGGGCACGACAGUCUUUCAAGUCUUGUCGAGUUUAUUAGGGAACAAUCAGGCCCGACCAUCAAAAUUAAAACCGUCAUUUUCACCCAAAGAGUCAUCUACAGAUUCCACGGGACCUAUCAGUGCAAUUAACCCUUUGUAAAACUCAUCCCCAUGUUCAGUCAAUAAAAAGUGCAAAUUUAA